ACAAUGUCUUCACUUCUCAUUCUGCUGCUUCAGUCUACAGGAAGCGACAUGUGCUCAUCUUGACUGAGAAAAGAAGACGCAACUACUUUGAGGAAGGAAGUACAUUCAACAUUUCUCUUUAAGAGGCAGCCGGUCUAGAGACUUACACGAAUACAAGAGACACGAUGGACGAGUUCAAACGGAUUCAAAUGUCUUCACUUCUCAUUCUGCUGCUUCAGUUUACAGGGGCUGCAAUUGGACAGCGUCUCCUCUACCCCUCUGUCAGAGCUGGAGAUGAAGCCACUUUGCCGUGUAACAGUGUGAUUAAUGAUCAGGGUCAAUGUGAUGGUACUACCUGGCUCUUCACUGAUUCAGUAGAGCUGGUUAAAGGUGGGCAGAUUGUUGACAAAGCUGAAUCAGACAGACUGAGAGUUACAGAGAAUUGUUCUCUGGUUAUGAAGAAGGUCACAGAGGAGGAUGCUGGUUAUUACACCUGCAGACAGUUCAACAGAUCAGAUCAACAAGAAGGUCUAGACUCUGAGGUUCUUCUGUCUGUUGUUACCAUGACUGGACAUCAGGACAAUGAUGAGGUGACGUUAAGCUGCUCUGUAUCGACAUAUAGAGGAGGAUGUAUACACCCAGUGAAGUGGCUGCUUCAGGGUCAAGAUGUGGACAAAGAUCACAGAGAGAUAAACACAUCACAGUCUUACUGCUCUGCCUCUGUGACAUUUCUGACUUCUCUCUUUAGUAACACCACAAGGUCUGAGUUGUUUACUUGUGCAGUAACUAAUGGUUACAACGGAGAAGUGCAUCUGUUUCCCUUCAGCCCUCAGUCCUCAGGUGAGGACACAACAACAACAACAACAGAGAGCGACUCCAGAUCAGGUCUCUUGAGGCACAUCCUCGUGCCUGUGGGUUUAGCCGCUCUCAUAAUGAUUGUCGUGGCGGUCAACAUCUGGACGAGAGCUAAAGAGAAGAAAACACAGAUGGAUGAAAUCAAUGUGCGUUGUGAUGUAGAUGAUGGUACAGUGAACUAUGAAAACAUCAGACCUGCUGAUGGAGUUUGAGCAACACUUCUGCCUCCAUCAGACUCCACUGAUCAACAACGUCUACAUCUAUCAUCAGGAGUGGAAGAUUAUACACUCAUUCUGAAUGACAUAUUAUUUCAUUUUAGUCUUGAUCUAAUAAACCACUGGAUGUCACUGUAAACAGCUUUUAACUCUUGUUUCCUUCCUUAUAUUGUCUUCAUGCUGAAGCUUCAGAGCUGAUUUCAAGAUGCACUGAUUGUUUUUGAACGACAGCUUGAGCUCAUUUUAACAUCUCUGUGUUCAGAAUUAUUACUUUAAUCCACUUUCAUUGAGCUUUGCUUUGUGUUUUGAUGUUCAUGUGAUUUAAUGGAUUUUCAGCCUUAAUGUAGAAAGUACGUUUUCUCUUUGUUAUAUCUGUUGACAUCAGAAUCUGCAAAUAAAACAAACAAAAACAA